AUGAGGAAGGUAUCGUAUAUGAAGCUUAAAGGUAGUCAAAACCUAAGGCAACGACUACUUCUAUCACCUCUCGCUUCAAUACCGAUUCUAAUCGAUGAUAUCUGUGUCGAUGCCACCUGGCUUGGACUCCUUCCUCAUGAGGUCUCGUUUCUCCGCCUUCUCGAGACAAUCUCCGAUGACUGUCAUGUCGAAAUCAACGAAACUGGUAAUCCUAGGAGCGAAGAAAGAAGAAUAUGGAGCACCUCUACCGAUUUGGUGGUUCAUCGCAGUAGUGGAGUGGCAGGGGGUGUUUGGGUUGCUUGGUGUGUCAUAAAACAGUCGGAGAAAACGGAGGGGGCUGUUGCCCUUGGCUCGCUGGAAACCACCAGCAAACACCUCUAG